GAUCUUGACCAUCAUUGAGUUAACGCCCUUCCUUCCUUCCUUCCUUCCUUCCUUCUCCCUUUUCCCUCUCAGAUGUUUUCAUUCCAGAUUUGAAGGCAGGGCUGGGGAGUGAGGGGGUGGUGUGCACGCACGUACCUACUGGACCCCACUACGACAGGGUCCCCAGAGCAAUAGAGAGAAACGUAAACCUAUUGCGAGGCUCCAAGGGACAGCGAGCCGCAGAAAGAGAAGCCGGAGAAGGGACUGUUUAAUAAAUAGGAGGACGCCAGGACAGGGAAGGGAUGCAGAAGCCAAGGGAGGGACCGUCUAGAAACAGGAGGACGUGGAAAAUCUGAAGAUAUGGAUGUGAUGGCAAUUCAGGCGGCUGGUGAGGGCGGACACCGAGGGUGGGGCUGCGGAGGGGACACGGCGGAGCCGAGGAAGGACGGGGGCGCGAGGCAGUGACCUGGCAAGCCCGCUGAGGGCUUCCGGAGCACCCGGCCCAGAGCCCGUUUGAAGAAAAGCCAAACACCCUGAAGACAAUCGGAAACUACAAGGAAAGUUCCAGGAGAAAGGGGUGAGGGGGAUGAGAUGCGAGUAGUUAACAUUGGGUCAAAGCCCCAAGCCUAGUAAGAGCUGAGUCCCCAUCAAACUUACUUGCAGCCCCAGAGUGCUUAUCUCAGCUCCCCGCAGGCAUCGACUAUUGAUUGCUUAAGUGUAAAAGAAUGAGCCUACAACGCUGGAGAGCCUCUGAGUCAACUUAGUGUCCAUGGUGAUUUCUGGCUUUUUCUAUGGUGCAGUGUUUACCAGUAGCUACUACUUUGGUAGCAUCUUAAGACUAGGAUGCAAUAUGCCAAUGCCCAGGUCAUUCUCAUACUUACUCCCAAGCUCCUGGACUUUCACCUUCUGGGAAAACAACAGAUUAUGCCUUUGAGAUGGCUGUUUCAAAUAUUAGAUACGGAGCGGGAGUUACAAAGGAAGUGGGCAUGGACCUACAGAACAUGGGUGCUAAAAACGUUUGUCUGAUGACAGACAAGAACCUGUCCCAGCUCCCUCCUGUGAAGACAGUUAUGGAUUCCCUCGUGAAGAAUGGCAUCAACUUUAAGCUGUAUGAUAGUGUGAGGGUGGAACCAACCGACAGAAGCUUCAUGGAAGCUGUUGAAUUUGCCAAAAAGGGAGCUUUUGAUGCCUACGUUGCUGUGGGUGGUGGCUCCACCAUGGACACCUGUAAAGCCGCUAACCUGUAUGCAUCCAGCCCGCACUCCGAUUUCCUAGAUUAUGUCAACGCCCCCAUUGGGAAGGGAAAGCCUGUGACUGUGCCUCUUAGGCCUCUGAUUGCAGUCCCAACUACCUCAGGAACGGGGAGUGAAACUACCGGAGUUGCCAUUUUUGACUACGAACACUUGAAAGUAAAAACUGGUAUUGCCUCGCGAGCCAUCAAACCCACACUGGGCCUGAUUGAUCCUCUGCACACCCUGCACAUGCCCGAGCGGGUGGUCGCCAACAGCGGCUUCGAUGUGCUUUGCCAUGCCCUGGAGUCCUACACUGCCCUCCCCUACCACAUGCGGAGCCCCUGCCCUUCAAAUCCCAUCACUCGGCCGGCCUACCAAGGCAGCAACCCAAUCAGUGACAUUUGGGCAGUCCACGCGCUGCAGAUCGUUGCCAAGUAUCUGAAGAGGGCUGUCAGAAAUCCUGAUGAUCUUGAAGCAAGGUCUAAUAUGCACUUGGCAAGUGCUUUUGCUGGCAUUGGCUUUGGAAAUGCUGGUGUUCAUCUGUGCCAUGGAAUGUCUUACCCAAUUUCGGGCUUAGUGAAGAAAUAUAAAGCCAAGGACUACAAAGUGGAUCACCCACUGGUGCCUCAUGGCCUUUCUGUGGUACUCACCUCCCCGGCGGUGUUCACAUUCACAGCACAGAUGUCUCCUGAGCGGCACCUGGAGAUGGCAGAAAUACUGGGGGCUGACACCCGCACUGCCAGGAUCCCAGAUGCCGGGCCCAUUCUGGCAGACACACUGAGGAAAUUCUUAUUCGAUCUGGAUGUUGACGAUGGCUUAGCUGCCAUUGGUUACUCCAAGGCUGAUAUCCCCGCGUUAGUGAAAGGAACGCUGCCCCAGGAAAGGGUCACCAAGCUUGCACCACGCCCUCAGUCAGAAGAAGAUCUGUCUGUUCUGUUUGAAGCGUCAAUGAAACUGUACUAAUUUUCAUUUUCAUGGAAAGAAUUACCAUUGGCCAUCGUAGUUCUGAAAACAGAAGCUGAUCUGGCAAGAACUGUGUCUUUUCAUGUCCACAUAUAACUUAACCUGUUACUAAUUUGAAUGAGAUGUAAAUUUAUCCUGCAGAAGAUUCCUUGAUGCUCCAAGUCCAGCUACUUCCAUAAAAUGGGCUGGACAAAUGUCCAGUAUGUGGGACCCCCAGCUCAACUUCACAGAACCUGCCCCAAACCUGCGGACUGCCCCUGGUCCAUGUAUCAAAAGAGCAAAAACUCAGUAUCCAUCAAAAAUGUUAAUGCAUCUAUCCUAUGUCCAAUAAUCAAUCCUUUGUCUAGAAAUUUAUCCUACAUGAAUACUGGCACAAGUGUGUAAAGAAAUAUGGCAAGGACAUUUCUGGCAGCACAUUUUCUAAAAAUGUAAAAUUUGAAAGAAUUUAAGUAUUCAUUAAUAGUAUAUAGAUAAGUAAAUCAUGGUGUAUUAAAUAAUGGAGUUCUAUUGAGCUACUAAUAAGAAUGAAGUAAACCUACUAGAAAUACGUCCAUGAUAAACUGCUAAGUAGGGAAAAAGUAAGUUGUAGGACAGUUAUAUAUUAGUAGUCUCAUUUUUACUUUUCAAAUUAUAUAUAAAGAUAUGUCAAUAUCUACAUAGAAAGGUUACACAUCAAAAUAUUAAAAGUUAUCACUGAAGAAAUGGAAUUUGGAGGCUAGAUAAUUAAAAGAAAAUGUUCACUUUAUAUUAUAUACUUUCACUUUUUAUUUUACAAACAUCUGCAUUGUUUAGAUUUGUUACAAUAAGCACAUAUUUUCUAAUUUUUAAAAGGGGAAGAGAAAAGAAAGGUAUCACUUUGCUGUUUUAGGGCAGAUUCAUAUUAUUUUAUAAAAAUACUAGUAACUAAUAUUAAAAAGGCAAAAACAAAUCCGAAGGGCUGGAAUAUUACAGGUGGACCCUCUGGUGAAUAAACUGUUCUUCUGAGAAAAACACAAAUAUCCUACAUGGUAAUUCCCUCUUUGGAAAAUGGUUCUGGUGCUCAGAAUAAAUGAAUUCAAAACCAGGCCACGUUGUGGUUUACAGACAUCAGGACGCAAGUCAAGCCUGAGUAGCCUGAUCGUCUGCCUCCAGUCAUGUCCCGUCUACAGAAACUGUCCACGGCUGAGUUUUCCUCACAAUGGUGACCACACUGGGGUUUGCCUGCUCGAGCUUUGGCAGUCUGGAUCUCAGUGUACUUGCAUAUUUAUUCGUAUUUUAAAUUGGAUUAAAGUGUCAAUCAAAUAAGUAUGUAAUUACAA